GAAAACCAAGUUCGUGCAAAUUUUCUCCCUGUUGAGGCGGUUGAGAUCCUUAACCUUUACCAUCUCAACCCUUAGAUGAUGGCUUUCUAUGGGGCUACACCAAAAUUGGUAUGUUCUACUAAAUAAGACCAUCACUUUAUUAAUUUUUUUAAGAAUUCCCAUACAGUUGUUGGCGAUUCUAUUGUAUCGGAAGUGUGGAAGAAAAUCUGGAAUUCCAAUCUUCCUCCUAAGGUGUUGUUGGCUUUACUUAUGAUGAUAUAAUUGCUUCUGACUAUAUUAUACUUCCUCCGUUCUUUUUCUACUGCAGCAAUUGGGUUUUCACGCUUGCCAAUGCUCAAUUUUUACUAUUAAUAUCUUUAUUUACUAUUUAGUAAAAUUAUACACAUUUGAUAUUUUGAAAGUAUAUAUCAAGACGAAUCUAACAAUACCCACAUGACUAUAUUUGUCUUUACAUAAAAAUAACAAUAUAUAGUGAAAGGGUAUGAUAGUGAAUGAAUAGUGUAAAAAUCUCAUUGUUAUAUUAGACUACGAACGGAUGAAGUAGCUUCUUAAAACAUUUUGUUUUGCUCUAAAAGAAGUCUUCCAAAACAUAUGAAUAUCAUGUAUCUGUUAAACAACUUUAUAAUUAAUAUAAAUGUGUAUUUCUCUUAAACACAAAGUUUUUUGAUCAAGUAGACAUAAAUAAUCGUUUAUAUGUUUUCGAUGUAGCGGAUAUAUAAACAUUUUUAUUGUAUUAAAGUUUCCGUGCAUUAUGCACGGGUCCAAAACCUAGUUGUUAUUUAAAAAGUGACACCCUUUAUGAUAAAAUAAGACGGUCUUAUAAAAGAUGACAGAAUAUAUCGAUUAGUUUUUACUCUUAUAAAAUGUAGUAUUUUUGAUAAAAGAACUUCAAUUCGAAUCAAUGUCGAGUGCUUAAAUUUAUUCCCUUUGAAUUUUCCUUUCUAUAUGUAAAUCAUACUACAUAAUAUGUUGAUGAUUUCUUACAAUUUUCUAGAGGGUGGAUAUUAUUUUUUGUUCUUUGACAGUAGAGGGUGGAUAUUAUUAUGUUAAUGAUUUCUUACAAUUUCAUGAAUAUGCUACUUGCUAUAUUCUGAGAAGUUACUGCUUUAACCUAUAUCCUUUUCAAUCAAAAAACAAAUCAUUCGAGAAAUCAACAAGAGAUAUUUUUAUAUAUUCUUCUUUGUUUAUAGACACUAUACCAUUUAUAGUUUCCUUUAUGUGCGUAGUCUAAUGCAUCUUGCAUAUGAACUUUGAUCAGUAAUUAUUGCUUUCCUUUCUUUAAGUAUCCUAUGAAUCAUUUUCUCUUAGAUUUAUCUUCUAUAAAUUCUCUGUUACAUAAGAUAUAAAGCCAGUCCUAAAUGAUAGCUGAAAACAAACAGUCCUCUCUACCAUAUUUAUCCCAUUAUCAAUGGCUAACAAUAAUAACAAGGAGACAGAGGAUAGUAAAAAGGGAGCAAGCAAGAAGAGAAACAUUGGGAGAAGGAAGAUCCCUAUUGAGAAAAUAAAAGAUCCAACCAAGAAACAUGUUACCUUCUCGAAACGCCGCCUAGGGCUCUUCAAGAAAGCCAGUGAGCUAUGUGUAUUAUGUGGGGUGGAAAUGGCCAUCUUAACUUCCUCUGAGAGAGGCAAACUAUUCUGCUUUGGCCAUCCUAACUCUGACAAUAUCAUCCACCGUUAUCUUAACUGCGGGUCCUGCUGUCUAAAGGAACAGGAUCAUGAGCACGAGCACAAGUUUAGUUCAAUGGUUGAAGAGAAUAACAGGCAGCACAAGGAGAUCAAGAGGAAGAUUGAUGAGAAAAAGAGGUUUGCUGAUCAUAACGGAAGUUGUGGGUUUUGGUGGGAAGAAGCUAGUGUUAAUGAAAUGGGGUUAGAUGAACUUGAAGAGUUGAAAGAUUCUCUGAUGGAGCUUAGGAACAAUGUCGCGAAAAAAGCUGAUGAACUUAAUGUUCAGAUGAGCAAUAUUGUUUUUGAUCACAUCAAUACUGACAACAGCAGAAGUAAUAAUUCAGGUAGGAUUGGGAAUGCAUACUGUGUAGACAGCGUUUGUAGAUUUGAUACUCCUGUGCUAGGCAUGAUCAGUAAUAACAACCACCGUGUAGAAGUUCAAAGUAGGGAUGGUGAUGUCGUUGCCCAGAGCGUCAAAUUUACGUUCAAGAAUGAGGUUCAUAUGACGAAUGAAACUGAUAUGUUCAACUUUGCUGUGAUGAAUCAAUAUCAUCAAGUGUCAGUAACAGAGGAUCACAAAGGUACUGCAAUGAUUCCUGGUGUUGUGCAUCAGCAGGGUUUCGAGUUUGGGAAUGGGAAUCUCUAGGGUUGGCUGAGUUUCCUUUACAUUUGACUGAUUGAGGCUGCUGGAUAUUAGUAGUAUUAGUACUUGUAAUCUUCAAAUCUCAGUUGGUGGAUUAGAUAAAGGGUUUUUGUAAUAAAGGUGUUAAUUAUUAGCAGAUCGCAGUCUGAUUUUAAUCUGUAAACUGCUGCUCAAAGUAACGAAAUGUUACAUUCUUUUUUGAUUCAUUUUAA